AAAUGUCAUCCAGCAUCAAGCUCUCGUCAGUCAGACGAGUCAGUGGAAGGAUUGAUUUUCAUUCGCUUGAAGAAAUACAAUCGUAAAAAGUCGCGAAAACUCGUCGUUUUGAGCGUAUUUUUAUAGUUAAUAUGUAAUUUAUUGACCCGGAGUGCACUAAAUAGCUUGUAGAUGGAUUAAACUUCGAAGGAAUGUCGAACUAGAGUGGUUUCAAAUUGGGUAAAGUUAGGAAGAGACAGUGUCAAGUUGGUCAGCCAUAUUUGUUUGCGUCAGUAAAAGUAGACAAAAAGGCGAUAAUUUUCCCUGCUGGAAAUAAAGUGAAUUGGUUUAAUUCGUAUUUAAAACUUCGUGCAAGUGUUUCAUUGUGGAAAAAGUUCAUAUUUGUGAACGAAAGUGAAGGAAGCAACUGGAUUACCUGGAUGAGUUCUGAGUUCUAGCCCUUUCUUCGUCAACAGGAUUCUGUGGUUGAGAACCGGCAGAAUCCAACACUGAUCUAUGUGGGAAAAGAUGAAUAUGCGUCCAUUGAAGAGGCCCCGUUUGGGGCCUCCCGACGUUUACCCCCAGGAGGCCAAGCAACGGGAGGACGAACUCACUUCUACCCAUGUCAAACACGGAUUCGCAACGGAACAUAAGCUGUCGGAAGAGUUUGGUACCGCCAGGAAUUGUAAUGUGACUGCAAGCAAGGUCGGAGCGUAUUUUAACGCAAUUUUAGCUCGAAAAGAAGAGCUAAUGACCCUACCAGACUCUGGCCGCAAGAAGCAACAGAUUAAUCCGAAGGACAAUUUUUGGCCCGUGACUGCCCGGAAUAAGGCCACGUUGGAUACGUGGUUCAAAGAUUUGGCGGGAACGAAACCGUUGAGUAGUCUGGCUAAGAAGGCACCGAGCUUCAACAAGAAAGAAGAAAUAUUUGCCAUGCUUUGUGAGAACCAAGUCACUAUGCAAAGAGCAGCUUGGUUCAUUAAGCUCAGCUCCGCAUAUACCGUUGCUGUGUCCGAAGCAAAAAUCAAGAAAAGGCAAAUGCCUGAUCCAGCGACAGAGUGGACUGGUACACUCAUAAAGUUCAUGAAAGAUUUGGUUCCCAAGCUACACGAACACUAUUACCAGGGCCCUGUUCCGGAAAAGACUUCCAGUGGACCUGCCCCGGGAGGAAUGACGCCCAACUCCGGGUUGAACAGCAGCCUUACCAUACCAGCGCCAAUGUCUAGCCCUGCAGGGAGUCUCCAUAGCCCAGCCAGCUCUAGCGUUGGAAGUAACGCGUCGCAAAUGCAGAAUCAACCUCCACCUCCUUCACCCCAAGAGGAACAAAAACUUGCCCAGAAGCAAUGGAACUAUUGCACACAAUUGUGCAAGUAUAUGUACGAAGAAGGAUUGCUUGAUAAGGCAGAGUUCCUCAACUGGGUCUUGGAUUUGCUGGACAAGAUGAAAUCACCGCCAUCGUCUGACGAUGGAAUCCUUAAAAUCUACGUUCCACUGGCAAUGCAGUACCUUUCUGAUUUUGUUCAAUCGGAACGAUUUUCCCGCCGAUUGGCGUAUGCUGUGUGCAAGAAGCUGGCCCAUCUCAUCAACGUCAUGGCAGAAACUCACAACCUGAACAUCAGUAAUCCGGAAACGUUCCAGGCAAAACCGUCCCUGCUGGAGCCGAAGGAUAAAACUAACGAGAAAAUGUCUACCGAAUCGGACAUCAAAACCGAAGACGGUUCCCGUGAAAAUCCAUUCGAUUCCAUUUUCUCGGAAUACAUGUCAUGCUGUCAUCAUCGUGACCUGAUUCUGCAACUGUCGUCGAUCGUUCAGGUCAUUACCCUGGAAUGCCCCACGGCCUUGGUGUGGUGUGGCAUCGGGGAAACUCGAUCCUCAUCGGUACUCGCCGGGAGUCCCCUGGAUCACCUUCCGGUCGCACCGUCCGGUCUCCCAAUGCCGUCACGCUGUGAGAAAUCCAACGAAGAUGUACGGAAGAAGCUUCUGCAAGCGGAGGAAAGCAUCAAGAUACGGUCCCGGCAUGCCGAGUCUCGCUGGUGCAUCGACAAAUGGCAAACGGCUGCCGGGAAUGCCAGUUUGAAGAUACUGACGGUUUUGGAUGCACUGGACGGGCACUGUUUCGAUCGUAUGGAUACGAACAAUUCGCUCGAUACGCUUUAUCAGAAGAUUUUUCCGCCGCUUCAGUUACAGAAAGAAGCCGCUAGUGGUGGUACGAGCGGUUCAGCAAACAACAAGGAAGCGAACAAGUCGUUGGACUAUAAUGCCGACCAGGACGAAUCGAUCGUGAAAAUCCUGUGCGAGUGGGCUGUAUCGUGGCAGCGUUGGGGAGAGCACCGUGCCAUGGCCGUGGCUUGGCUGUUGGAUAAGCGCCAAAACGACGUCUUUACAACGUACGAGAAUGAAAGUGGCAACAAUGCAAAUUCGUCCGACGACAAAGACUCCGUUAUUUCCGGUGGUGGCCCAGGAGGUGGACUGCCCAUUUUCCAGAACAUCUUGAUGAAAUUCUUGGAUAACGAUGCUCCUACGCUGGACGAACAUGGCACUCAGCACAACAAAAGCCAGUUCACCAAUCUGGUGCACUUGUUUAGCGAGUUGAUAAGGCAUGAUGUCUUCUCGCAUGAUGCUUACAUGUGUACGUUGAUUUCGAGAGGUGAUUUGUUGACUGGAUCCGGGAUGUCUGUUCUCGACGUCCAAUCGAAUUGUCCCGGGUUGGUAACUGGGCCGAUUUCGAACAAACCGAACACAUCAUCGCCGAAUGUGAAUCAAAGUAUGGAUGAAGAUGUGAUGCAGAACGACUUCAAAGCAAAACUGGAAGACCUGGACGAUUCGAAUGUCGAUGACGAUUUGGACAAGCUGUUGCAGCACAUCAAGGAAGACCAGCAAAACUCGAUGGAUGCUCCUGAUAGCCCAAAGGAUCCAGAGCAUACCGCACCGCAUGCCAAUACGGUCAGCAACAAAUCCGAAUCCUCCAGUCGACAUUUCCUGUACACGGAGCACUUCCCACUCUGCCAGGAUGAUCCAAUAUCUCAGCAUGAUUGUAACCAGCGUUACAUACUUCUGUACGGAGUAGGCAAAGAACGCGACGAAAAGAAGCAUGCAGUGAAGAAAAUGUCCAAGGAAAUUUGUAAGUUAUUCUCGAAGAAAUUCAGCAUCGAUGUAGCAGAGGGUGGAAAGGUUAAAAAGCAUUCCAGGAAUGAGUUCAACUUUGAGUCGACGUCCAACAAGUGUCAAUCGAUGUCUUAUUUCGACCAACACGUUGUCACCUGGCAAUGCGCUGUGCAAGUCCAAGAAAUGUUGAACAGUUUCGCCUUGGGCAACAGUAACUAUCUGCCAGUUCAGGAGCAUGUUGCAUUUUUGUUUGAUCUGAUGGAAUCGGCGUUCAACAUCUACAGUUUGAUUGAUACGUGCAUUCAAAUCUUGAAGGAGCUCCCGGAAGUGGAGCUGCAACUCAUGAGCAAAAAUUCGGUUCUGACUAAGAACUACACCACAUCGUUGGGUUUGUACGUCGUUGGAGUUCUGAGGCGAUACCACUGUUGCUUAUUACUCUCAUCAGAGCAGACCAUAGCGAUCUUUGAAGGACUUUGCAGAAUCGUCAAGCACGUCACCAAUCCUAGCGAUUGCAGUUCAGCAGAACGAUGCAUCCUGGCAUACCUGUAUGAUCUCUAUUCGGCAUGUGCCUCGCUUAAAACUCGUCCUCAGCAAGAGCAGGCCUUCAAUAAUGCGUAUCCCAAGAUCAAACAAGCCCUUUACACACCAUUGCAACCAUCGCCAUCGGCUCACUUGUACAACCCGCAGUUUAUGGCUGAUGUCAUAAAUUCCCCGAAGCGUGGUGGCAAAAUAGAACAGUCUUGGGCUCGUCUGCUGAACGAAUCACCAUCGAAUCGAUACAGUUUCGUCUGCAAUGCUGUCAUCGCAGUUACAGGGGACAUCGAUAACGACACUCUGAACGAUAUCGCAGCAAUGUGUGCUGAACUGACGGCUUGUUGCAAUGCUCUGAGUACCGAAUGGCUCGGAGUGUUGAUCGCUCUGUGUGGCUCUAGCAAAGACGCAGGAUAUUACGUCGAUGUGGUGAACCAGGUGAAUAUCAAAAACACGAAUAUUCACAACGCUCUGUCGGUUUUUACGAGCAUCCUAGUAGCUAGACAUUGCUUUUCGUUGGAAAAUUUUGUCGCUCACGUCGCACUUCCAGCUUUGGUGCAAGCCUGCAAAGGACGCAGCGAAACAACUGCGGAAAUCGAAGCAGGAGCACGCUUGUCCUGCCAUCUUCUCCUCCGGCUCUUCAAAACCAUUGAAUGCCCCCAGCCAGGACUGUACUCGGUGAGCACUUCGCCCAAUCCGAUAACCAUCACCGGGCACGUUCACAACAUAAAACUCAGCUGUGAUCGACAUCUGUUGGCGGCAGCGCACAAAAACAUCGGAGUUGCUCCGGUGCUAGCUGUGUUGAAAGGGAUUCUGGUGGUAGGCGAUGCUACGGCUCAAAAGGCACAAUCGUCAAUUUUUGGCAGUGAAAGGCGCAGUGGACUCAACACGCCGGUUCAUCCGGGAAGUACUCCAAAGCAUGCGGGAGAUUUGAGCCACAUUCUGGGAACGAGCGACCUCUCAGUGCUGGGCAACACGGACGAGUCGAUGCUGGAUCUCACGCAAAACAACACUAACCAGGAAACUACCACCAGUUUGUCCGAUUUCGCGCAGCACGUACUGCGUCAAAUAUGCUCCCAGGAGUGGGUAUUAGAGCGGUGUCUCCAGAAUGCCGAAGAGCUCUGCCAACCUGGAAUGUUGAUCGACAAUAUGUUGACCGCCAAGCAAGCCCAAAGGCUGCUGCACAUGAUCUGCUAUCCGGAGAAUGAAUCGAAUCUGAUUGCCGAAAUGGACCAGAAGGCAAUCAUUGUGAGGAUCCUGGAAAACCUCGAACAAUGGUCGUUGAGAAUCUCGUGGCUGGAUCUACAGCUGAUGUUCAAACAAACCAACUGUAGCUCUCCGGAGCUAUCCAACUGGCUAGAUUUGGUGGCCAGAGCGGCCAUCGAUGUGUUCCAAGUGUACGAGUGUAACCUGAUCGGAUCACAAACGCAAAACACAGCCAGUUCGAAAACUAAGCCCUCGAUUUGGCUGGUAGCUCCGUUGGUCGCCAAGCUUCCCAGUGCCGUGCAGGGAAGGAUUUUGAAGGUGGCAGGUCAGGUGCUGGAGAGCACUAACAUGUUUAGUAAAUCGAAAGAAAGUGGAUCCGGGAACAAUAGUGGUCUGAAUAAUCAGGAUGGGAACAGCAACAGCUCCAUCAGCUCCAACGGAAGCGUCAUAGCUGCGAAGCAAAGCUUACAGCUGAAUCAUCAACCAUUUUUGGGACUGGUUCUAACGUGUCUGAAGGGGCAAGAUGAACAGAAGGAAGGACUAUUGCAAAGUCUGUACACUCAGUUGUCGCAGUUUGUGCAAAAUCGUGAGAUUGAGUUGGUUGGAGGAAUCGAGGAUCCCUAUGGUUUUGAAAAGAUGUUGGAUGCUUUACAAUUGCGAUAUUCGCUAGUUGGAGGUUUGUUCGAUUCAAUUCAGAAGAAUUCAACAUCUACCAGUGACUGGGCAAUACUCUUUUCUCAACUAAUUAGCCAGGGUGUAAUCGACUUGAGUAACAAUUCAGAACUAUUCACCACAACCUUAGACAUGCUGGCCACCCUUAUCCAUUCCACGCUGAUGUCCGACAGCCAAUCCGAACGAGAUGAAACCAAGAAGCAGUAUACCAAUUUGAUGAAAAAAUUACGCAAAGAAUUGGGCGACAAGAAUAAUCCAUCCAUCAAAUACGUUCGGCAGUUGCUUCCCAUUGCCAAGCAAACGUGCGAAGUGAUUGCCUGCGAGCCAGCUGGAAGCUCGAUUGACGCGAAGGGGAAUAAGAUUAGCAUCGACAGUAUUGAAAAGAAACAUGGACUGAGAUUAGCCGAUAAGCAGCGAGUGAGUGUUUGGGAUUUACUGGAAGGUCAUAAAAACCCGGCUCCGCUAUCUUGGGCUUGGUUUGGCGCUGUUAAAAUCGAACGAAAACCUCUGGCGUACGAAGAGACCCACAGACUGUUGAAGUACCACACCCACAGCCUUGUGAAGCCAAGCAGUUAUUUCUACGAGCCAUUGCCGCUACCACCGGAGGAGCUGGAACCCUUACCGGACAAAAUCAAGGAUGAUAUGAAGGCGGACACACCAACCUCCGACCAAUCUCCAAAUCCUUCCGGCAAGAAGGGAAAAUCUCAAACCCGAAAGCGAAAGCAAAAGGGAGCAACUACGCCACAAAAUCAAACGCAACCUGGGCAAGGCCAAGUCCUGCCCGGUCAACCACAGAUUGGGCAUCAAACAGGAAUGGCUCCCGGCCAGCAACAACCAGGGCAUGGACCUCCGCAACAGCAACAGCAGCAGCAACAACAAAUUGGAAUGACUCCCCAGCAAACAAUGCAACAGCUCCAGAAUGCAAAUAUCAAUCAAAUGCAAAUGGGCAACAUGAACAUGAACCAGAUGAAUCCUCAGCACAUGCAACAACAAUAUCAGCAGCCCACGCAGAACCAGAUGAUGGUCCAGCAGAUGGCUCAGCAGCAAGGCGUAGGACCGGGAGGAGUUCAUACCGGUGCAAUGGGUGGAAUGAUGGGACAGCAACAGCAAUCGGUUUCCAAUCAAAUGGGAUUCGUUGGUACCGGUACUGGAGGUGUAAACCCAAUGGCAAACCAAAUUGGAAACCAAAACGUCGCAGGCAGCAAUCAACCAUGGGCAGGUUACUCUUCCAUGCAGCAACAAACACCUCAACAACAGCAGCAGCAAAUGUUCUACAACCAGAACCUAGGCCAACCGACGAUGAACAGGUUUGACCGACCUCAACUCAAUACCAAUCCCAAACAGAUGUUAUCGAACAUGUUACGAGCACGAGGAGUGAGCCCAGGAGCUGCUGGUUUCAUGCAACAGGCUCAGCGUAAUCCUCAACAGCCUUUUAUGCGUGGGCCAAUCCGUCCUGGAAUGCCAAAUCAAAUGGUCGGCUCUGGAAUCAACGCUGCAGCUGGUGGAACAAUGAUGGGAUCUGGCGGAAGCAUGAUCCAGACGAAUCUCAUAGCUCAACAAGGAUCGGGAAUGGUCAAUCAAGGAUUGGGUAAUACUGGAAUGAGUGGAAACGCAUUGAUUGGCCAAGCCGCUGGUAACUCGAACGCUAGUGGAAUGGGAAAUGCUGGAAUCAUGGGAAUGCAAAACAUCCAGCAGUCCAACAACAUCAAUGCCGGUAUGGUGAAUCAAGGGAUGAACCCUGGCAUGGGAAACCCUGGAAUGCUAGGACAAGGACAAGGCGCUACAAACACCGGUUCACUAAACAACCCGAAUAUGAUGGGAAUGCAGAACAUGCCCCAGGGAGGAAUGCAGAGUGGAAUGUUCCAAGGUCAAGGCGGUCCUUACCAAAACAUGAAUCAAAACUAUCCCAACUACGGAAAUCAGGGUCUUGCACAGCAAGGUGCCCAAACGAUGAUGAACAGUUUUAAUCAAAUGGGCCAACAAAGGACCUCUCAGCAGGAAUAUAUGGCACAACAGAGGGCUCUGGCAGCGCGGGGUGGCCAAUAUGGACAGCAUGCACCUAAUGUCACCAUGAACAAUAUGGUCAAUCAGGGAACGGUUCCGCCAUAUCCACGGCCCGGCAAUACCGGCACAGCUGCAGCACAGAACCAGCAACUUCAACAACAGCAGCAACGGUUCCGACAGCAGAUGUUGAUUCAACAGCAACAAGGUUUGGCCCAGCAAGGGAACAAUCAAGGAAUGGUACAAAAUCAAGGCCAAGGUAUGAACCAACAGCAGACGCCCAACUUGGUCGCUCAGCUGCAACGUCAAAUGCCCAACCAGGGCAAUAUGAUGGGCCAGCAGUAUCCACACCAGCAGCCGCCUCCAUACUAGAUCUACGAAUCCGUACAUCAAAUUGAUCAAGGGCAAAUUAUACACUAUAUUUAAUCGAGAAAAAUGAAAUGAAAAUAUAUCUAUUAUCGUAUA